GGUAGUGAGAAACAAGGACAGUGGCACCGCACUGGAUGGUGGUGAUGAGCUCACAUCUUGCUUUGUUCUUCCCUGGUCAAAGCUGUGCAGAUGGAUUUAUUCCAGUAACUUUCAGUCAUAUUGAGGUUUGGACAGACCUUUGGCAGGAUGUUGGGAUUUCUGAAGAACCCAGUUGUGGUUACUGUGGAGAUAAAUAUGAACCUCGUGGCGUUGACUGUGAUGGGAUUAAUAAGCCGUCUUUGGGGGCUUUCCUAUCCACGGGCUGUAGUUUUCGAUGAAGUUUAUUAUGGCCAAUUCGUUUCCCUCUACAUGAAGAGGAUCUUCUUCGUGGAUGACAGCGGCCCACCUUUUGGGCACAUGCUGCUAGCUUUGGGAGGUUACUUAGGAGGAUUUGAUGGAAACUUCUUAUGGAACAGGAUUGGAGCUGAAUAUAGCAUGAACGUUCCUGUGUGGUCCUUGCGACUCCUGCCAGCCCUGGCCGGUGCUCUCUGUGUGCCUUUAGCGUACCAGAUUCUGGUAGAACUGCAGUUCUCCCACUGUGCUGCACUUGGGGCUGCUCUUCUGAUUCUCUUAGAGAACUCAUUGAUCACUCAGUCAAGGUUCAUGCUUCUGGAAUCAAUAUUGAUUUUUUUUAUCCUACUUGCAGUUUUAUCCUACCUGAAGUUCUACAAUUCACAAAGGCACAGCUCUUUCUCUGGAAGCUGGUGGUUUUGGCUCCUCUUGACUGGAGUAGCUUGUUCUUGUGCAGUUGGAGUGAAAUAUAUGGGCUUGUUUACCUAUAUGCUGCUGUUGGCCAUCGCAGGACUCCACUUCUGGCACAUGAUAGGAGACCAGAACUUCUCAAACGUUUCCUUGGUGUGCCAUUUUCUAGCAAGGGGACUGGCCCUCGUCAUCAUCCCAAUGGCAGUGUACCUGUCCUUCUUCUAUGUUCACUUGACUUUGCUGUAUCGCUCCGGGCCCCAUGACCAGAUUAUGACAAGUGCUUUCCAAGCCAGCUUAGAGGGUGGACUGGCUCGAAUCACUCAGGGUCAGCCCUUAGAGGUGGCCUACGGCUCUCAGAUUACUCUGCGGAACGUGCUGGGCAAGCCCGUGCAGUGUUGGCUCCAUUCUCAUAUGAAUACUUAUCCUAUCAGGUAUGAGAAUGGCCGGGGUAGCUCCCAUCAACAGCAGGUGACCUGCUAUCCCUUCAAGGAUGUGAAUAACUGGUGGAUUGUCAAAGAUCCUGGAAUGCAGCAGCUGGUGGUGAGUAACCCACCACGUCCUGUCAAGCACGGACACAUCGUGCAGCUGGUCCAUGGCAUCACGACUCGGUACCUCAACACGCAUGAUGUUGCUGCCCCUCUUAGCCCCCAUUCCCAAGAAGUUUCCUGCUAUAUCGAUUAUAACAUUUCCAUGCCAGCACAGAACCUCUGGAGAGUGGAAAUUGUAAAUCGGCAGUCUGACACGGAUGUGUGGAAGACAAUUCUGUCAGAAGUGAGGUUUGUCCACGUGAACACCUCUGCAGUGCUAAAGCUCAGUGGAGCGUCUUUACCCGAGUGGGGAUACCGGCAGCUGGAGGUGGUUGGAGAGAAGCUGUCCAAAGGCUACCACCAGAGCACGGUGUGGAAUGUGGAAGAGCACAGAUACGGGAAAAGCCAAGAGCAAAAAGAGAGGGAGGUGGAACUCCACUCUCCCACGCAGAUGGACAUAAGUAAAAACCUCAGCUUCAUGGCAAAGUUCACAGAAUUGCAGUGGAAAAUACUCACCUUAAAAAAUGAAGACACAGAACAUAAGUACAGCUCCUCUGCUCUUGACUGGAUCACAAUGGACACAAAUAUUGCCUACUGGCUCCAUCCAACCUCUGGUGCCCAGAUCCACCUCCUUGGGAACGUUGUCACCUGGGGUUCAGCUAAUGUUGCUGCUCUGGUCUACACAUGUCUGUCCCUGUGGUACUUGAUACGCCGAAGAAGAAAAAUUUACGACAUUCCUGAAGAUGCAUGGCAGCUGUGGGUGUCAGCCGGGGGGAUCUGUGUUGGAGGCUGGGCUGUGAAUUACCUGCCCUUCUUCCUGAUGGAGAAAACGCUUUUCCUGUACCACUACCUGCCUGCCCUCACCUUCCAGAUUCUCCUGAUUCCCAUCGUAUUGCAGCAUCUUGGCAAUCACCUCUGCAGAUCUCUGCUUCUCAAGAGCAUGUUCAGUGCACUGAUCGUAGCCUGGUUCUCUUCGGUUUACCUUGUUUAUUGCACAUUCAGCCCUCUGACCUAUGGAGAGCCCUCACUGUCUGUUACUGAACUCAAGGACUUGCGCUGGAAGGACAGCUGGAACAUCCUUAUCCGCAAACAGUGAGUUACAGUCUCAUUACAGGCAAAAGGAAACGCCUUUUAUGCAAAGCCAAGAAUUUAUUGUUACUAUAAUUGACAUCUUAACAGUCUGAUCAAAUAAUUGAUAGCAGUCCAGAUCUAAUUGUUACAGAAAAAUAAAAAUAUUGUUACAAAAAAA